GUCCUCCUCGCCCAGACAGCUCAAAACCACGUGCAAUGAACACAUAUGAGGUGCGUCAUGGAGUGUUCACCAUCGUCACCACUUGUGGGUCCCAUUACAUCAUGUGGACGAUGCACACUCCUCGCCGAGAUCUUCACGACCUAUAUAAGUUAGCUUGCACGAAGGAUGGCUGCCACUUUACCAAUUGACGACUCGUCUGAACUCAUCGACCUUCCACAACUUUCAUUCUCUCAUUAACGACCUAUCACAAUGUCCGCCGCAUAUGGUAACCCCCGCGAGGCAACGAUGCCCGUGAAACCUGGAACAACGACCGUAAGUAACUUCUUGCCAUUGGCGAACAACUACGGGACUCAACAACAGAACUCUGCCGGUGCCCAGCCCGGCAUCCAGCCAGGGUUUGAGGACCGUGGCGUCGAGCGCCGUGAAGGCGCUUGGGACAACAACGCUCCCCAAGGCGCACAGUGGACCGCUGGCCACGGUGACAGCCUAGGUAGCACUGGCUACGAGGGCAAUACCACCGACAGCAAUGUACCCGGUACUGCUGGCUGGCAGCAGAGCAACAACUCCGAGUCUGGAGGUUACGACGACCAGAGGUCAGGCCGCAACCAGAGGUCCGGCGACUACCAGAGUUCCGGCGACUAUCAGAGCUCCGGCGACUACCAGGGUUCCGGCGACAACCAAAGCACUGGUCACCCGUCGGUAGGGCAGCGCGUGAAGGGUACCGCCGAGAAGGUGGCCGGCAAGGUGACUGGAAACACCGGCAGACAGGAGCGCGGCGAGCAGCGUAGGGUAUGAACGUCAAUGUCCUUCAGGAUUGCCAAUCUCUAACUCGCUCACUAGGAGGACUAUUAAACGCGCCAGUGGCGUAGCCGACGGCCUCGCCGAUGUUCGUCUAGUCUUGUAGAAGUACUGUAUCAUUCAAGGAAAUAAAUUGUACACUAGCAGCUGUGGUAUUAAACAUCAUGCACGCCGGCUUUACGAGAAGCCAGUCUGGAUCAUCCGA